AUGCUACGAUCACUCGCUCUCACAAGUUUCCUCGCCGGACAAUCGCUACGAGCUGCAGCUCAGCGCGAUCAGGUUGACAACAGCAACCUUGACCCACUGAAGUUCAAGAGCGACGGAACAUUUCAAAUAUCAGUCUUUUCAGAUCUCCAUUUCGCUGAGGAUGCCUCCUCAAUAGGGCCCGAGAAAGAUGCUAGGACCGUCAAGGUCAUGGGUGACGUGAUCGAUGCCGAGCUGCCAGACUUGGUAGUCCUAAAUGGCGACCUUAUCAACGGCGAAUCAACAUUCAUCCACAACAGCACGGUAUACAUCGAUCAAAUCGUCUCCCCAAUGGUAGAUCGCAACAUGACAUGGGCUUCAACGUACGGAAACCAUGAUCAUAAUCGCAACCUCAACGGUACGGCGAUGUUGGAGCGCGAGCAUACAUGGCCUGGAUCUCGAACAGAUUCAAUGGUCCAAGGAAGCGAUGCCGGAACAACAAAUUACUACCUGCCCGUUUACGCAUCGAACUGCAGUUCAAACUGCACACCCGAGCUGAUACUCUGGUUCUUUGAUUCUCGAGGUGGCUUUUACUAUCAAGGCGGUGCUCAGCCUAACUGGGUUGACAAGAGUGUCGUGGAAUGGUUCAACCAAACCAAUGCUGAUUUGCGCGAGGAAUACGGAAAGAACAUUCCUUCUUUGGCCUUUGUUCACAUUCCCGUGUACGCUUCUCUGAUGUUGCAGAACAAUGGCGUCGAUGAGAACUAUCACCCUGGCAUCAAUGACGAAACAGUCAUUCAGCAAGGUGCGGGUUGGUGCGCAGACAAGAAGGGAGGCUGUGAUUACAGCGAUCAAGAUUUGCCUCUGAUGCAAGCUCUCGUCGCGACACCUGGCGUCAUUGGCCUCUUUUCCGGCCACGACCACGCGAACUCAUGGUGCUACAAGUGGGAAGACAAGGUUGGCGACAUGGAGCUUCGUGGCAAUGGCAUCAAUCUCUGCUACGGUCAACAUACCGGCUACGGUGGCUAUGGAGACUGGAUCCGAGGUGGUCGCCAAAUCGUCGUCACACAAGAGGGCCUUGAGAAUCUUGAAGUCGAUUCGCAUAUCCGCCUUGAGUCGGACGAGGUCGUUGGAAGAGUCUCUUUGAACUCGACUUAUAACACUGAUUCAUACGCCGCCACUCCGAACCAGAAGACAUUCCUUAGCAUUGCGAGCUCUGCUACGCCAACACCGUCUACGAGACCUGUUUCUUUAGCAGCGCGCUUUGGAUUACACAAUGCUUUCAACUCAUCUUUGAUUAUUUUCAUAGGAGUUAUUGCAUGGAUUAUGGUGUAG